UCCUCUAUCUCUCAGCGCACCUUUAAUGCGUCGUGAUCUCUCUCCUCCAAUCCCGACAAAGUACACCAUCGUCUCCUGUCUUGAUGUUUUCUCUCUCGCGCUCGCCCCACCCUCCUAUCAUAUGCUAGCUCAUCUCUUCUCCUUCCUCUGGCCAUCGUCCUCGCUGCAACGCACUAGAUUUGUCGACAAACCCAACCAGAACUCCAUAAAAUAGUGUCGAUCACCACGAGCACACACCUCCGUCCCUCCCUCUCCCUCUUUCUCUCUCUCUCUCUCUCUGUCUCUGAAAAAAAAAUUGCCUCCAACGGCAAGCACCACAAGCACAAGCUCUCGCUUCCUUGAUCUCACUCUUUCGCUAGCUCUUGCUAGCUCCAACGCCGCCGCCGACGGCGCUGCCGAGCCUCCAUCGCCCCACGUCAUCACUCCAAAUCAGGUCAGCAGUCCCACAAGAACAGUUCGUAGGUCAGCAAAUCCAUUACUAGUACCGAUAUUCCUCCAGCUCCCUGAAGAGAAAACACCAUCUUUGGUAUAUACCAUGGUCUAAUCGGCUAUGGACGUCACCGGAGAUGCCAGCGGAGGUCGCCGCCCCAACUUCCCUUUGCAGCUUCUGGAGAAGAAGAAGGAGGAACAGCCUUGCUCCACGUCCCCAGCAGCUGUUGUGGGUGCUGGGGCUAAUGGGUCGGCGGGGUCGGGAGAGAUGCUGCAGAUGAAGAAGGUGGCGCCGCCAAAGCGCACAUCGACCAAGGACCGGCACACGAAGGUGGACGGGCGCGGGCGGCGCAUCCGGAUGCCGGCGAUUUGCGCAGCUCGGGUGUUCCAGCUGACGAGGGAGUUGGGGCACAAGACGGACGGCGAGACGAUCGAGUGGCUGCUGCAGCAGGCGGAGCCCGCGGUGAUCGCGGCCACGGGCACCGGCACCAUCCCGGCCAACUUCACCUCGCUCAACAUCUCUCUCCGCUCCUCGGGCUCUUCCUUCUCCAUCCCAGCGCACCUCCGUGCUGCCGGCUUGCCCGGCCCACGCUUCGGCGGCGCGCGGGGAGACCCGUGGGAGCGCGUCGUAGGCCUCGGGUUCGGCGGCGCCGAGGGUCCUCCAUCCGCUACGUCGUCGGCGUCGUCUCCGCUGCUGCUGAGCUUCCACUCCGGCAGCGUCGGUCUUGACGUGUCACCAUCGUCGUCGUCUGCUGCCGCCAGCUCCGACCUGUCCAAGAAACGGCGGUGGGAGCAAGAAAUGCAGCAGCAGCAGCAGCAAUACCAGCAGCAGAUGGCCGGGUACACGCAGAGCCAAAUGCCAGGCACCGUGUGGAUGGUGCCGAGCAGCAACGCCCAGGCCGCCGCAGUUGCUGGCGGAGGCGGCAGCAACGAGUCGAUCUGGACGUUCCCGCAGACAGGAAGCGGCGGCGGCGGCGCGGCGACCGUGUACCGCGGCGUGCCUAGUGGGCUACAUUUCAUGAACUUCCCCGCGCCGAUGGCGCUGCUCCCCGGUGCGCAGCAGCAGCUCGGGCUCGGCGGCCCCGUGGGCGGCAACGAAAAUGGCAGCGCCAGCGGCGGCGGAGGCGGAGCCGAGGGCCACAUGGGGAUCCUCGCCGCGCUCAACGCGUACCGGGCACAUGCUGUCUCGGACGCUACGCCGGCGGCGCAGAACGGUGCAGGAGGAGGCGGCUCUAGUCAGCAUCAGCAGCAUGGCCAUGGCGGCGGCGAGCGACAGGAGAGCAUGAGCCCCAGCGACGACUCGUAGGUCUUCGGAGGCGUGUGCAUGCACUGGUCUGCUAAGGCGUCCCUCCUGUUUUUAAUCUGUGCUUCUUGACUUCCCGUUUGCAGUAUUUUUUUGGUUUGCAUUGUUAUGGCUGGCCUUCUCUGGCUCCUUCACAUUCUUGCAAGGAUCAUACAGAGUUUCAUUUCAUGGCAUCUGGGACUGGGAUAUAUAAUCACGCUCCGCAUUCGUGUUGGCUUCACCAAUCACAUCACAAGAGAAGACGAUAGAGGGAAUCCAUGGAGGAGAGACUUUGCAUUGUUAGGGCUUGACGGGCAUGGCGGAGAUGGAAGCUGCUACAGACGACUUGGCAGCCAUGUAUAUAUGACAAUCCAUUAUUGUCCAAUGUUCAACCAUGACGAUAUCCGUCUUCCGGGUUUUCCUCCAGGUGAUUAUACUGAUGCUGAAGCAAAAUUA